GGAAUACGUUAACUUAAUUAUGAAUAUAUCAACUGUAGGAGUAGCUUGUCUACUUCUGGUCCUCAGUGCCUUCAAUCCAACUGAUGCAUGGAUACACAGUUGGCAUACGGGACCCAUUAAUUGUUAUACCUGUGACAAUUACGAGGAAUGUGCCGCAGGAUCCGGUGUCCUACGCAAAUGUUUGGACAAUGAUUCGCAAAGUUGUGUGGCCGUAUUUGCCAGUAAUGGAACAGUGGUUCAACGUGGCUGUAGCGAUAAUCUAGAAGAGACUUGCUCGGAAUCAUCAGAGAACUGCUAUGAAUGUCGUUCGCAUGGUUGCAAUGACUUGGCCGAUAAUACGGAACUGAUCAAUUGUGUUCUCUGUGAUGCCCAAUCGGAUAAUAAUUGUGUGCUUGACAUUGAAUUGGUCACAGAGCGUACGCAAUGUCACAAGCAGUGUAUAACGGCUUUGUAUCCACGCUCCAGUGAGGAGGGCUCUCCCUACGAGUUGGUCCGAAGCUGUUUGCAUGAUUUGAACUAUGAUGAACGUGAGGCUUGUGCUGAUGGCACUUUGGCCAAUUGUGUGGCUUGCAGUGGUGACAAUUGUAAUACCGUGGAUUUGGGUGUUCGUAGCAGUUGUAAUCAAUGUUCGGGUGGCAAUUGUGAUAAUCCUCAGGCUAGCACCUGUCGUGCUGUCCCAGCUGAGGGUACUGACGAGGAAUGUUACAUUGAGGUGGAUGAAUCGGGAGCUGUCUACGAACUGGGUUGUAAAAGCCAAUUUAAUGUGAGCGAAGCAGUGCUACUUGAGACCGAGAAACGUAUUUGGACUUGCUCGGGUGCCGACAAUUGCAAUGUGAUUUCGGCAUUGCCAACGCCCAAGAUCUGUAAAUUGUGUAGCUCUCGCACGGAUGCCGAUUGCGCCAUCGAUCCCGAGAGUGUAGAGUCAGAAACAGAGUGCCAGAAUCCAGUGAAUACGAAUUGUUACAGCCGCUUGCUGGAUUCCGGACAUACCGAGCGUGGUUGUUUGACAGACAUGGAUGGAGAUGCUUAUGUUCAAUGCUUAAAUGGUGGCAACUCUACAAAAUGCUCUAGUUGCUCUGGUGACAACUGUAAUAAGGAGUUGCAUCCCCUUGAGCGUUUGAGUUGCCAUGUUUGCAGCUCUGACGAAGAUGAAAAUUGUGAGGCUAAGCCCAGCAAUAGCUCCGUUUGUUUGCUUCACACCGGAGAUCAACAAUGUGUGACCACAAUCGAUCUAGAGGGCAAUACCCAACGUGGCUGCAGUGCCACAUUGGCUUGUUCAUCGACCAAUCCGCAGAAUUGUCAAGUCUGCUCUGGCUCUGAUUGUAAUACAGAUAAUCUUAAGCGUCGUUCCGAUGGUAUUCCCGGCCAAUGGGAUCAAGAGUUACCCAUUAGCUGUCAGAGCUGUAAUGAUACCACCGAAUGCGCUGCCACCAAUUUAGAAGCCAUUGCUUGCUCUUCAUCAGAGGAAUAUUGUGUAACAGUUUUUGAUACCGCCGGUUUGGUCACAGCACGAGGUUGCAGUAAUACGGUAGAGUCCUCUUGGAGUUCCUAUUGUGAUGACAACUCGAAAAAUUGCCACAAUUGCAAUUCCAAUGGAUGUAAUAGCGCGACUUCUUUAAGUAGCUACACCGAAUGCAUCUCUUGCGAUGACGAUAAUGCAGAUUGCGAGUCAAAUCCCAGUGCGGUUGUAACGCGUCGUCUUUGCAAUGGUCAGUGUAUGACUGCCUUGCGUCCCAAAUCCAAUGAGAGUCUCUUCUACAGCACUGUACGCAACUGCCUUGAUGAUAAAAGUAAAGAGGAUCAACAAAAAUGUAUCAAUGGAGAGGAUAAGUUGUGCUCAGCCUGCUCUGGUGAGGCUUGUAAUGAUGCUAUCCUACCCGAAGAACGUUUAAGUUGUUAUCAUUGCUCUGGAGAAGGUUGUGAGAGCGAUUUUGUAAGCCACACUUGUGCCAACUAUCAAGCCGAUGAUCAUUGUUAUAUCCUAUAUGAGACAACUCAAAACGAUAUAGUUCAAAUGGGUUGUCAAUCGUCUGAGUCCGAAACGUUCACCGAUGACAAUUUCUCACUGCUAUUUUUAUGUAACGAAGACAAUUGUAAUAUCUUCAACAAUCAACCGCAAGCUCAAACUUGCAUUUCCUGCGAUUCUAGUGAUGAUGAGAACUGUGCCAUAGAUGCCACCAAAAUAAUUUCAUCUCCUGUUACAUGUAGUCAAUUGCCUCACACUAGUUGCAUGACUCGUGUCUUGACAACUGGUGUCACUCAACGUGGCUGCGUCAACACCCUGAGUAAUGCUCUGCUCAAGUCCUGUGUGAAUGGUGAAGGCAAUUGUGAAGUUUGCCAAGGUGAUCUUUGUAAUAAAGAAGUCUAUCCCGAGAAUCGUCGUCGUUGUCAGCGUUGUAACACAGUCGAUGAUCCCACAUGUUUAAGUUCCCCCAAUGCCAGCAGUGUUUGCCCAUUCUAUUUGGAUGAUCAGGGUUGCAGUGUCAAAUUGGUCGAUGGCGAAACCUAUCGUGGCUGUGAAAAGGACUUUGCUUGUGAUGACUCCGAUAAGCAGCAUUGUCGUGCCUGUUCGUCAAAAGAUAAUUGCAAUGUUGCUGAUCUGAGCAGUACAAAUAUUGGCUAUCCUGGCAAAUGGGUUACCCCACCAAUCAAUUGUUAUCACUGCGAGGGUUCUGCAUGCGAGAACUCUAAUCUGGGUCCUCUGCAAAAAUGCACAGGCAAUGAUGAACAGAAUUGUGUCACUGUUUUUGCUUCAAAUGGCACCGUACAGCUGCGUAGCUGUACCGAUGAGUUGUAUGAGAAUGAUGAACUACUCCAAUAUUGUGAUGAGGAGCCUGGAAAUUGCAAAUACUGCAAGUCAACUGGCUGUAACACAGCUGACUCAUUGGAUAGCUACCAGGACUGUUUAUUCUGCGACAGCACUGAUCAGGCUGAGUGUGUGCGUAAUGUCGAAUCGAUUACAAAAACCGUCUCGUGUCAGGGUAGUUGUUUCACAGGACUCUUUUCAAGCAAUAGAAGUGAUUCGAAUGCUGUUCUACAUGUGGAUCGUGGUUGUCUAGAUUUUCUAGAAUACGAUGAUCGUUUGGCCUGUGAGGCUGGCACUUUGGAAAAUUGUAAAGCCUGCUCCUCAGCUGAGAAAUGUAAUACAGACGAUGUGCCAGAAUCUCGUCUCAGUUGUAAUUUCUGUGAUGAUGCGGAUUGCUCGACGACUACCUCACAACUUUGUCUCGGUUAUCGUGCCAAUGAUCAAUGCUACAUUCAUGUUGGUGCUUCAGAAAUAUUGAGUAUGGGCUGCGUCACUGAUGUGCAGGACGAGUAUAUAACUAGCAAUCGUCGUGAUAUAUAUUUGUGCUCUGAAAGUAAUUGUAAUACUAAAGAUGUACUUAAUACCGUUGGUGUUUCCUGUGCCAUUUGUAAUUCAACUGCUGAUGUGAAUUGUGUAACGGGAAAUGAUGUGGAUUUUGCUGUGUGUCAACAUUAUCUCUAUCCACAGUGCUAUAGCCAUUUGAAUGAAGAUGGCGUUUUGACCCGUGAUUGUGUUAUGAAAGCCGAUGAUGAUCUAUUUGAUGAUUGUCUCAGUGGUAACAGUACAUCUUGUGAAAUCUGCGAUAGUAAUAAUUGCAACACUGGUGUCUAUCCCUCCGACUGGAAGAGUUGCCUUCGCUGUGACUCCAACAAAGAUGAAGAUUGUGCAAAGAAUCCUUCAAGUUAUUCCAAUUAUUGCCCCAUCUACGAUUCGGAGGAUGCUUGCGUCACUAGUCUAGAGAAGACUCGCACACGUCGUGGCUGUCGCUCGGAACUUAAUUGUGAUGCCAGUGAGGCUGGCACGUGUCGCAUUUGUUCUGAAGAGAACUGCAAUGAUGUCGAUCUAGUUGCUCAUUAUGUGGGUGAACCUGGCAAAUGGCAAGAUUUGCCCUUAAGUUGUCUCGUUUGUGAGGGUAGUGCAAAUUGCGCACCAGCCAGCGCGGUAUCUGCCACAUGUGAGGGUAACAACAAGCAGACUUGCUCCACCGUUUUCGGAACUGAUGGUCUGGUUCUUGCACGAGGAUGCAGUGAUUCCAUUCAUGACGCACACUCUGAUAUUUGCGAUGCGGAUAGUGAAAAUUGCCCGCAAUGCAAAUCGAACGAUUGUAACAGUGCCACUAGCUUAGAUUCUUAUGUCGAUUGUUAUUUCUGUGAUGCAGCAGAUGAUGCAAAUUGCGCCUGGGAAGUACCAACUAGCACAAGAAAGUGUCAAGGUCAAUGUAUGACGGGACUUUAUCCACGUAGCUCCUCGCCCGAUUCGGCAUUGCUGCCCACUCGUGGUUGCCUGACUGAUAUGAAUGCAGCAGAUCGAGAUUCCUGUGCGGCUGGAACUCAUGAAAAUUGUACUGCGUGCACAGGAGCUUUGUGUAAUGGCGGUGACAUCAUUCAGGAUCCGCUUAGCUGUUAUACCUGUGCCACGGAAGACUGUGAAGAUUUCAUCUCCAUACUCUGUUUGGCUUUCCAGGUAAAUGACAGCUGUUAUACAGCUUUCGAUGCAUACUCUUCGGUUAUCGCCUUGGGUUGUAGGAGUGAAUUUGAGGAAAAAGUGGUUCAGGAAUUGUUGGCCCAAAAGCGUAUGCUUCUGUGUGAAGGCAACAAUUGCAACGAAUUUAAAAUUCCCUCUCCCAAUACCUGCACAAAAUGCAAUUCGCAAGAAGAUUUACGCUGUGCUACCAAUCCCAAUCAAAUUUUGAGCACAGUAAUAUGCUCGGAUCUACCAUACACCGAAUGUGUUAGUCACAUAGAUGAGGAGGGUCACACAUCUAGAGAUUGUGUAUCUAAUUUGGAAACCGAUGAUUUCUAUGCUUGGGUAACAGGAGCUGCUGAUAACACAGAGACCUGUACUGGCAAUCAAUGCAAUGGAUUGACUGUAUAUCCGGUAGGUCGCCGAAGUUGCCAUCAAUGUAAUUCCGAAAGUGAUGAAAACUGCGCCUCCUCACCUUCAAGCAGUACGGUUUGCCCCAUUUUCGUGGAAGGUGACGCAUGUGUGACCACCCAAAUCAAUGGAGUUACUCAUCGUGGUUGUAACUCCAGCCUGAUCUGUUUGGAUCCAGAUGAUACACGCACUUGCCGCAUUUGCAACAGUGCGGAUGGAUGUAAUACCAUAGAUCUUGACAGAAUUAAUCAAGAUGGUUCUCCGGGUAUUUGGCAGGAAGUUCCCAUUAGCUGUUUGGCGUGCAAUGAUGCCGCAUCGUGUGCCUCUAGCGGUGGUACCUUGGAGACCUGCGUAGGGUAUGGCAAUUGUAUCACUGUAUUCGAUGAAUCGGGCGUCGUGAAUCAGCGGGGUUGCUCUGAUAAGGUCUACGAAGAGUCUACUUACUGUGAAGAACAGCCUGAUCAGUGUCCUCGUUGUAAUUCGAAUGGUUGCAACACUGCCAAUAGCUUGGACUCAUAUGUGGAAUGUGUGGUUUGCGAUUCCAGCAAGAAUCGUGAAUGUGUUACGAACCCAAGUGCCAUAACCACAACGCGUCAAUGUCACGAAGGUUGCGUGACGGUCUUCCGAAAUCAGUUUAAUGAAACAAUUGAUCCCAGUUCUUCCCUUGUACGCACUUGCGCGACUGAUCUUGAGGAAGCGGAUCGCGAAUCGUGCAAGGCGGGUAGUAAAGAAUAUUGCGCCACUUGCGAGGGAGCAAAGUGUAAUACUGAAGAUUUGGUGGCUAGUCGCAAGAGUUGUUACAUUUGCGAGGGUGAGGAAUGUCAGGUACCACAGACCUACUCAUGUCCCACUUAUCGACAGAAUGAUAAAUGCUAUGUAGAGUUCGAUGAGAAACGUUCCAUUGUAACCGUGGGUUGCACGAGCAGCUUGAGUGCAUAUGAUCUUCAGAUUCUACAGGAAGAGAAACGCUUAUAUAUCUGUGAUGAAGACGACUGCAACAGUAUUGAAGAUCUGCCAGAAGCUAAAACAUGUGUUCUAUGCAGUUCUCGCACCGAUUACAAUUGUGCCCUUGCACCAAAUUCUGUCACUAGCUCAACGAUUUGUUCGCUGCUUGGACUUCCCGAAUGCUAUACGAGGGUCCAGCCCGGAGGGUACACUGAACGCGGUUGCCUCUCAAGUCUGGAGAAUAACGACUUUCUUUCAUGCUACAAUGGCACCUCCUCGAGCUGUAGCUCCUGCCAAGGAGAUUUGUGCAAUAGUGCGGUGUAUCCAGAAAAUCGUCGCUCUUGCCAUGUUUGCAAUUCGGGAACCGAUGCAUCAUGCGAGUCUACACCCGACAGUCUUGCGGUCUGUUAUUUGUACGACCCCGAUGAUCAAUGUGUCACAAAUCUAAGAAAUGGUAUCACCUAUCGUGGAUGCUCAUCUACCAUGAGUUGUGAAGCUAAUUCCAAGACUUGCGUUUACUGUGAAGGUGACGGCUGUAAUGUAAUUGAUUUGGCUGCCAAGGCCGAUGAUAAUUAUGGUAAAUGGCAAGAUUUGCCUUUGAGCUGUCUGACUUGUGAGGGAACUGAUUGCCAGGGUGAUGAUAUUCCCAGUGAGAAGUGCCAGAAUAACAAUGAACAAGAUUGUGUCACCGUUUUCGAUGCCUCCGGUGUGGUUACUCGUCGUGGUUGUGAAGACGAAGUAGAUCAAGUUGAAUCCUUGGCCACUUAUUGUGCUGCCAAUCCAGCCAGUUGUCCUGCUUGCAAGUCCAACGAUUGCAACAAUGCCACACAAUUGUCUCAGUACACUACUUGCAUUUACUGUGAUACCUUCUCAAAUCCUAAUUGCCUAUGGGAACCUACCAGCACAACGCAUAGAUCUCGUCAAUGUCAAGGUGGAUGUAUGACCGCAUUGUAUGGCAGCUUAGAACUGGGACAAGAUCUCAUACGCUCUUGUCGAGAUGACAAGGAAGUUGCCGAUCGUUUGACAUGUGAAGCCGGUACUGAUUCCACUUGCUCGGCCUGCACAGGUGAUUCCUGCAAUGUUGAGGUGCUACCCGCGGAUCGUAUAAGCUGUUAUACAUGUGAUGGAGAUGAUUGCGAAGAUCCAGUAUCCAGACCGUGCUCUGUCUACAAACCAAACGACUUCUGCUUCCUCUGGUUCGAUGACAAUAAUAGCAUCCAAAAAGCAGAUUGUGGUGGCAUUUUCCGCAAUCAGCAACUGGAAGAUAUAAUCAAAACCAAACGCAUUUCUGUAUGUGAAGGCACAAAUUGUAAUGUACCGCAGCUGCAGGCAGCUGUAACCUGUGCUGUAUGCGAUUCUAAGGUUGAUCCCGCAUGUGCUACAAAUGCCCAAGAUGUGAGCACUUUCACCACAUGCAGUCAAUUGCCGCAUACGAAUUGUGUAACUCGAUUGGAAAGUGAUGGCUCUACCACUCGUGGUUGUCUCACCGAUCUUAACCAAAAUGAUUUUGCUGCUUGUCUUCUGGGCAAUGAUACCAAUUGCGAGAUUUGUAAUGAAAAUGGUUGCAAUCGAGAGCUAUAUCCAUCUGAUCGUCAAGUAUGUUAUACAUGCACAUCCGAAGAUGAUGUAUACUGCGAAUCAAAUCCCAGUUAUGCCCUGGCUUGUCCCUGGAUAAGCGAUACGGAAACGUGCAAAACAUCUCUGAGCAAUAAUAUUACUAUUCGUGGUUGUAGUAGUAGCGUGGAUUGCGAUACAAGUGACUAUCGUAACUGUCGCAGCUGUGCAGGCAGUGAGUGUAAUGCCAUUGACUUGGCCAAUCGUGUGGAUGAUGGUCAGCAUGGUUUGUUCCAAGCACUGCCACUCAAGUGUUACAGUUGUGCUGGCGAAGAUUGUUACAGUUCCCUUGGACCGUUCAGUGAAUGUACCCUAAAUAUUGAGCAAGAUUGUAAGACAGUUUUCGAGGCUGAUGGCGUAACAGUUCGACGACGUGGUUGUUCCGACGAUGUCGAUGACUAUGAGGAUCGGUAUUGUAGAGAAAAUCCCGAUAGAUGCUUUACAUGCAAAUCCAAUGAAUGUAAUAGUGCCUGGAGUAUCGAUGAAUAUGUCAGUUGUGUCUCCUGCGAUUCUAGAACGGAUGGUAACUGUGUGAGCAAUCCGGAAAGUACUAGCAGACAGUGCAAAGGCAAAUGCUUGGUAACCCUUCUCGGUACGGAUCUAUUACGUACUUGCGAGGAUGACCUGGAAGAAUUUGAUCGCAGUGAUUGCAGUAGCGAUAACAGCGGCCAAAAUUGUGCCACUUGCUCGGAUCAAGGAUGUAAUAACUUUAUAUAUCCUUCUGAUCGCUUGAGUUGCCAUGUCUGCACGAACAGCGCUUGCACCAGCAGCUCAGCUCAGUAUUGUCAAGCAUACUCAUCAUCUGACUACUGUUUCGCCAAAUAUCAAAAUGGGGCUCUUGAGCAAAUCGGCUGCGCCAGUGCUCAGAACAGCAGUGACCUGGAAUCGUGGAAAGAACAAAAUCUAUUGUACACAUGCACGGACAAAGAUUGCAAUGAAUUGAAUCGUCUGCCCAACAAUGAUGAGUGCAUUGCCUGUGAUUCAAGCAAGACCCUAGAGUGUGCCCAGGAACCAACCGCUGUUACCACUAGUGAAACUUGUCAUGCCCCACUCUCUGAUUGUGUGACACGCCUCCAAAAUAGUCACACCAUCCGUGGUUGUCUGAACACUUUGAGCAGCGAAGAAGGCAGCAAUUGUGUGGCCAAUGGCACUUGCUCAUCGUGUGCCGGUUCCAAGUGUAAUGUGGAAAUCUUCCCAGCUGGACGUCGUAGUUGUCACAUUUGUAAUUCUGUUGCCAAUUCCGAGUGUGCCAAGGAUCCCAACCAUUUGGCCAUUUGUCCCAUCUAUGCGGCCAAUGAUCGUUGUGUGAGCACCUAUAGCGAUGAUGGUUAUCUUCAGCGUGGCUGUGAGAGUGAAAUUCAGUGUGCAAACGAAAAUGAAGAUCAUUGCCAGAUCUGUGAGACAGAUGGUUGCAAUACAGCGGAAUUAACUGGAGCAGCUGGUCCAUUGGCUAGCUUUGGUUUGGCCCUGACGUUGCUUAUGGCAUGGCUGGUCAGUCAAUUGCAAGUGUAGAGUUAGUAGACUAACUUAAGUAGAUAGAUUAUAAAUGUUUAUAGUAAUAAUCCCCGAUCAAACGAAACGUGUAAAUAAACCGACAACCCAACAAAAUGUUAAAAAAAAAUUAAAA